GGGUCCCACCUAAAUGCAAUGUGUUACUCACACCAAUAGCAACAGAGAUAUGUUUAACCUUGUUCCAAAUACUGACUAAAUGGUGCUGUAAUCGUACUUUGUUUGUAAACUGCGCUUUGGCCAUAUUACUAGGAAGAGGUACCAAAUGAACGUCCGUGGAUUUUUUAAAAAUGUUCUAUAUAGUGAACAGGUAGAGGGAGGUGAGGUCCCUGCACCUGAGUCCGGUUCUGGGAAGGCCGGAUUUUUUUCCGGGCCUUCCAAAUUUCUUGAUUCUGUUCAAACCAAAAAGAAUGGUCUGAUCAAUGAAAUAUCGAACAAAUUCAGUUCCAUCAAGUUUUCCGAUGAGCAGCCAGGUGGACACAUUGUCGGGAAGAAAGGAGAGAACGGAGCAAGGGAUGCAGAUGAAGGAGAUAAUAGUUCGGCGAGUGAAUAUGGUGAUGAAGGGGACCGCCCGAUGUAUGCUGAAGUAACGCCCGUAGAACGUCGCACAUCACUUGAAAGUGAAUGCAGUCUUCCAGAAGAGGAGGCCGAUCACAUCAGACAAAAUGUUAAAAAUCUGAUUGACUGUACUUUUGAAAUGCGUGAACUUACGCCAGAAAUGAAAGCCAACUUCGAAAACUUACUGAUGAGUCACACUGGCCGUUCAGCAUUCGCGAGGGAACUGAGACAUCGCGUCCGAACGAAGAAGCAUGUUUCACAAUCGACACUGCAAGAGUUAUCCGAGCUUGUGAAUGCCGCUUUAUUUCACUGCAACGAAAAGGAUGACUUUGCACCAGCAGCGCACUUAAUGGAAGCCUGCUUUACUGCGUAUCAUGAAUCCAAAGCGGUGAAUAUGGACGAUCACAGUCAGCAACACUACCUCUUCACUAUGCUUCGAAAUCAACCCAUUUGGCAGUCUACGCGAUUUUGGAACGCCGCAUUUUUCAUUGGUUUACAAAGCGAACGAAAACGACUUGCCAUACCACCUGGCUUGUCCGAACAAAAGACCCUGGAGGUGGAAAAGGAAGCUCAGGACAAUGCAACGUUCGUACAAAUAAGCAAAUUCAUCUGGCGCAUGUACUCGUUGGGAAUACCGAGAGAAUCAUGUCUUGAUUUCUUACGCAAACAAGCAAGCGCUGAGGAUCUCUCAAAAGAAAAGAUCCGGAAAUUACAAGAAAAUCUGAGAAAGUUCUUUCAGACGCAGGAGGAGAAUAUAAAUGCCAUCCGGCAGGAAGUCAGAGAAUAACUUGCUACUUCGGCUGUCAAACACACUUCCUUAUUCAGAUGAACAAAAUGCCAAGCUAUCGAUCCAGAGUCAGACACAUUAUACAUCCGAAUGCUGUGCCGUAAACUGUACCUCUCAAAUAUUCGUUUCAUUUAACCAUUCGCAACGGUUCAAGUCCACCUUCAUCGCCAACGUUGAUUUUCUUUAGUUAUCCCGGUUUAUACACUACAUACGAGACUUUUGUCGCGUAAGCACUUUUCAUUAGUCUAAUGAAUAUAACCGAAAUGUCAUG